UCAACUCCACACUCCGUAGUUACAUCAACAAAAUAUAGUAAGCAAUUAAAUCAUCAUAGAAAAAAUGGAGGAAACAUCAACAGUUUUGGCCCAACAAUUACCAGAAGAAAUCUUCUUUGAAAUUCUCUUGAGGUUACCUGUCAAAUCUCUCUUGAAAUUUAGGUCUGUUUCAAAAUCAUGGCUUUCUUUAAUCUCAUCUCCUUUAUUCAACAAAACCCAUGUCAAUUUUUCCUUAAACAACCCCCAAAUGACUGAUUAUAGACUUGCUGUAGUAGCCUCAGUUUCUAAAUUGGGCAGAAUCUGCAAUAUUUACAACAUGGGGUUUGAAAAAGAUUCCUUUUUUACUGUGGUUAAACAUAGUAAUCCUGCUAAAUCUUUAUCUCUCUCUGCUAAGAUUUUGGGUUCUUGCAAUGGGUUAAUUUGUUUAACUAGUGAUAAAUUUACACUAAUGUUAUUCAACCCAUGUACUGGAAAUUUUAAUGUAUUUCCUGAUUCAAUGCUGAAAGAUAACGGUGGUGGUUGUUAUGUUAGAUAUGGAUUUGGUUAUGAUGUAUCUAAUGAAGAUUAUAAGGUUGUGAAAAUCUUUAGUUUUCCUCUGGCCGAGGGUAGAUAUGAGAACAUGGUUAAGGUUUAUAGCUUAAAGGAUAAAUCUUGGUCAAUUAUUGAGGGUUUUAAUAGUGGUAAUAUAAAUGGAAAGUUGGGUGUGUUUGUAAAUGGUGCUCUUCAUUGGGAAGUAUGUUAUAGUUAUUGUUCGAGUGAUUGUUGGGAGAUUGUUACGUUGGAUUUGGCUGCAGGGCAAUAUGGUAAAAUAGCUCUGCCGAGAUACGAAGAUGAAGGUAUUUAUUGGACAUUGGGUGUUUCAAGAGGGUAUUUAGUUGCUUGUUGUAACUAUGAACCAAAAAAGGCAGAUAUGUGGGUAAUGAAAGAGUAUGGUGUCGAGAAAUCUUGGACUAAAUUGGUUACCAUGUCGUUGCCUGUUGAUCGUAGGGAUUAUAUCUCACCGUUGUUUGUGACAGAGAAAGGUGAUGAAGUUUUGUUGCAGCUUGGCGCAGAGCUAAUGCAGUACAAUACAAGGAAUGCAUCAUUCAAACGACUAGACGAUUUCAUGUCAGGUGAUUUUCGUCAAGUUCAAAUGGCUACCUACUUUGAGAGUAUUGCUUCACCUCAUAUUUAGUGACGUGAUGAUAGGUUAAAGGUGAAGGCAAAUGAGUUUAAGAGAUGGUAAAAGAUCUUUCUGAUUGCCUGGUGCCUGCUCCUGUUCUCAUAGUUAUUGAUAACAUUGUGUCUUGUUGUAUUUUUUGUAUUCUUCUUAUCAUGUAAUCAUGCUCAAUUGAAGUUCUAUCUUCCGACACAAUUCA